CUCAAAGGGGCCCUUUUCCUCACUCAUUUGCCAAAUGAGACAAAGAGAGCCAUCCCCUCCCCUCCCUCACUCAUUGGCUCGACCAAGCAACCAAGAAUAGCAAGGGGGAGCUCUACAAUUCACCAUUUUCACACCCAAAUUCGAGCUCAAGGAAGAAGGUCCAAAGAGGAGUGUUUGGAGAAGGAAAAAGGUUGGGAAAGGUGUGAACAAUUAAGGCACUUGUAAAGGGUAUUUCGAGUGAUUUCACAAAGUUGGAAAAGUCGCCGGAAUUGUCGCCGGAGUUGACCAAAAGUCGCCGGAGUUUCACCGGAGUUCAACCAAGAAGGGUAGAACUUCUUAACGCUAGUUCAAGAAAUGGAGGGCAGGCGAAUGCGGACCAGGAACAAUCCGAGGGGGCAGGCGCCGGUAACAUCCCAAAGGGGAAGCCGGGCUGCAUCUCGGGGUUCAAGAGGAGGCCGUGGAGGCCGUGGAAGCCGUGGAGGUCAUCAAGCUCAAACUGUGAGUGAUGGCCAUGUAAGCUCGGUGUAUGAAACCAACACCGAGGACUAUGACUCAACCUACGUUCCGGAAACGGAGCAUGAGGAGACCCCGUAUGAUGGUGGUGACACAUACACCGAUGAUGACGACGAAGAGAGUGAUGCCAAGUUCGCUCAAAUGGGCGAAUUGCUUGAGUGGUAUCAAAAAGAAAAGCUGAGGAGAGACCUUAGGCGCCAAGCAAGGCGUGGCUCUCGUGGUGGUUCGGGUCAAGGGAGUCGGGGAGCUUCCGUGGCCACCCCAGCGGCGCCACAAGGUGGGCAUGAAGGAGGUUUUGUAGUAAGAAUCUCCAAAUACCUCAAGGAGGCUAGGGCCUUGGGGUGUAGGUCCUUCGACGGCACCGGCGACAUUACUGCUGCCGCCGAUUGGAUCAAGAAGGUGAAGGAUGCAUCUAGAGACAUGCAGAUUACUCCGGACGUGAAGCUAACUGUCGCUUCACGGCUACUUGAGGGGAUGGCUUCUACAUGGUGGGAAGGUGUAGAAGGGAAAUACCGUGGGGACAUCUCAUGGGAAAAUUUUGAGCAAGAAUUUUAUGCUCAAUACUACUCCGAUUUCGAGGUUAAUGUGAAAAGGAGGGAGUAUACCAACCUCAAGCAGAAAGAGGGUUGCACGGUUAAGCAACUGGAGCAAGAGUUUAGGACCUUGGCUAGGUUCUUGCCGGAGUAUGCGAUCGAUGAGGACCGCAUGACUGAGCACUUCUGGGAUGCCUUACUCUUGGACAUCCGAGAUCGUGCCACGUAUUCCCGCCUCAUGACCUUUAGUGAGGUGGUAGAGCAGGGCAUGCUUGGAGAGGCCCAUUGGAAUGAGAGGAAAGCAAGGGACGCCGAAGAGGUGAAGAAAAGGAAGUGGAAUAAUUCGGGGCCACCCGAUCAUUCUCGAAGGAACAACCACGGGGGUGGUGGUGGUGGCGGUGGCUCAUUCAAGGCGCCGGCUCCACCGGCAAAGAAGAAUAGGGAUGCGAGGUGGCACGGACCUAGGCCACAGAACUCGGGGCCACCUAGAUGUCCCAAUUGCUCAAAACAACACUUUGGGAGGUGCAAUGAACCACCGAGGUGUUUUAAGUGCGGGAAUGCGGGCCAUAUGAAGGCCAAUUGCCCUCAAUUGAUGCAAGAGAGUGCCUCGGGAGCCGGGGGAGGGACCAUGACGGGAAGAAACCGUGCGGGACCGUCAAACGGCGGUACGGGAAGAGGCGGUGCAUCCACAAGCCAUGCCGCAUCCGUCAACCAAGGUGGGACCCAAGCACGAGUCUACGCGAUGACCGAGGCGGAUGCGCGAGCAAACCCGGACUCCGUUGCAGGUUGAAGCUAGGGCUUGCUACCUGCACCUUUCUACGGGUGACAUCAAGUCAAGGAAGACGUGGUUCGUGCUUCCUCAUUUCCUUUCAAAUGACUAAACAUUGCUCAUGGAUAUUUUUAUUUGCUAUAAACUACUUUUGGGGCUUGCAUGCUCAUGUUGUUGGCCGGUUGUGGCUUAUGACUUACCGUUGAAUAUUUCCG